UAUGCCACUCAUUCGGCAAAAAAGAAUUUUUAAAAUGAAAAUGAAAACCACCUUUCUAGGAAACCGACAACUUUUCUAUUGAUCUCAAAAUAAAAGACAUGCUGGAAUUUAGAGACAAAACGAGGUUUCUGACUGAAGAAUGUCGCCGCCAUUCUGAGCACAAUAUAUUGCUGCUAAUAUUCAUUUUUUUUAAAUGGCUGUCUUAAAAUCAAUUUAUUCAGCAUUGUUUGGUUAUGUUUUUGGCAUGAAAGUCCUUUCAUGUAUACCGUCUGACUUUGUCCCAAACCGCAUAUUUAAGACAUGUUUGCUAACUCAUUCAUACAAUGUAUUCUUAUCUCACAUGAUGUCAAUAUCAUUAGUUAAAUUAUCUGAACACUUUUACUUCCAAAGCACAACAAAGCCCAUAUCGUUCCUCCUUUCUAUGUAUUAUACAAUUUGUUUACUUAGAUUCGUAUUUCUUUCUCUUCUUAUUUUUUUUUUUCAUAACUACAAGUAGGACGUUUAGUAGCAGCCAAUAUACUGAGCUGGCAUUCAAGUGAUAAAAAAAAACAUAAUUUAAAACCGGAAGAAUUUAUUUAACACCACAUUUAAUGUAAAUACAACACUGCUUUGACAUGAAGUUAGCUCACAUAGCAAUAUUUUUCACAGUAUUAAGAAAUGAUGACACGCUUGCUUAUGAAAACAUAGCUUUAAACAACCCCACACGACAGUCACGCCAGUAUUACAGUACUAUUCAACCACCUGCUAUAUUUGACUCCAGUAAUGCUGUUGAUGGUCUAAAGACUAACUUCUCUUCUUAUGGAGGACAAUGCGUUAUAUCAGCUGAUGGACAGAAGAACGCCACUUGGUGGGUUAACUUGACGUCCAUCCAAAGUAUACAUCAUAUAAAGAUAUACUACAGGACAGACAAUACAGCAUGGGGUGCUCAAAAUGGAUACACCGCAAGAUUUCUAGGAUUCUAUCUUUAUGUAUCAAACACAACACGCAUUCUAGAUGGGCAUCUGUGUUUUCACGACACAGUUUACAACAGAUCUACAAUACCAGCUGUGGUCAACAUAUCCUGUCCCGUACAUGGACAAUAUGUCAUUUAUUUCAAUGAAAGACCUCAGGCGACCCAAUUUGCUGAUCAAUUUUCGUCGAAUGCACAUAAUGAAUUAUGUGAAGUUGAAGUUUAUGGUUGUAACGAAACAGGAGUCUAUGGACUAGACUGUUCCCUCCCUUGUCCAGAUACAAACUGUCGUUAUUGUCACAUAGAGACCGGUGCUUGUCAGGGAUGUAACCCUGGAUACCAGGGACGUCACUGUGAAUUGCGUUAG